GUCAGUAAAGAAGACUAGAAAGAAAAAAUAUGUAUGAUUUUGAUAAAAGGAAUACACGUGUCUUGUAACAAAGACUUGAUCAUGUUGUCACCUAAAGCUAUCGGCUACUCCUUCCAUUACUAUAGUAACCCCGCAAUGAUGAUUUGACGAAUUUCUUGCUCUACCAAUCGGGGCCUUUGUUUGACCAUAAAUGUGAGCUUUUUUCAUUUUCUCUCUCUUUUUCCAUCCUGUUUAGGUUUCAUUAAAGGCCCUUAGUUACGUCUAAAAUGAUCAACAUUUUUGCUAAUUCUAUCAGUUUGGUUGAUGUUAACCAAGUUCCUGAACUUACCUUUAUUGAUGAUGUUAUGAAGGAUGAUUACGGUCCUCUAGAUCCCUCGAACCUCCGUGAUCCUGGUUACGACGACUGGGGCGAAGCGAACAGGACGAGCGCCGCGCAUGGCCUAUUUACAUGUCGUAUCCUUCAUGCUCUCGAUUACCUUAAAGAUCCUGCCAAGGCACUGUCAAGCAGGCUAUAG